AUGUCAAAAGCUAAUGCAAACUCUUUGCAUGUGACAACAAUACAGGGACAGAACGAAGCCAUUGAUACGUUUGAACGUGCUUCAAUAAACCGGAGCAAGGUGCCCAGUAAGGAAGUUGUGGAGAAAUUGUUUGAAAAGUUGCUUUCGAUAAGAGCUUUCCCAGAAAAAGCCAAACUAAGUUUGAGAAAUCAGUCUACUGAGCGGAAAUGGGACCUUCUUUUAACAGAAAAUGAAUCAAAUAGCUCGUUUGAUUUAAAUAAGAUGUCCAUGGCAUCCAUGUCGAGCAUAUCCCUACCGGGAAAUUCCAAAAGCAGCCUGCCCAAAGUUCCUGAAACAAUUUUGAAAGCUAAAUCAGAUAAUCUACCGCCUCAAUCGAAGCUGAAGAUACCACCUCUUCAUGCAAAGGAACACCAGCAGCAUCGAGAGACUCCGAUUAGUGAAGGUUCACCUGGAUGGUUUGUCUGGAAACUUUUGAAUAAAGACGUUGAUGUUAAGAAUUUGGUGCGAUUGGAGAAAAAUUUAGCUGAGAAUAGAUUAUUCGACAAGGAGAACAUCACAUGGGUCCAAAACUUUCUUUCCAUACAGGGUGAAACGGCAUUAGCGGUGCACCUAUCUCUGAUUAGUAAAAAAGUUAUCAAGUCAGACGAGGAAUACAACCAUGAAUAUCUCCUCGUCAAAUGUAUGAAGAAUGCACUAGAAAAUCAAGCAUAUGUUAGCCAAGUGGGCCAUAGCGAUGAUACCCCUAUUAGCAAGUCUGUUAUAAUAUCCUCGCUAAUGGGUGCACUAACGUCUACGAGAAUGAGUACCAGGUUUUUGGUCACAGAAGUCUUGGUCAAUUUAAUGAAAAACAGACACAAAGAUUUACAGGAAAAUAUAGUGAACCACUUGCGUAACUUGUCGUUGAGUAAAAAGAAAACUUCACACUUUAAAGCAUGGUUAGAGGUUUUUGGGAGUUCGUUGAGAUCGGCUAGCUGGGGAAGUAAAAUAAGCGAUCAUUCAUAUUUGAAGAACUAUAUAACUAUCACGCUUAUUUUGAUCAAUGUUAUUGUACAUGCGGCUGGCCCAGCGCGUAAACGAAUUGCGAUCAGAAAGCAGUUUGAGGAGUCCCACUUGCUUUCAAUAUUUGAAACAAUCAAGCAGUUUGAAGAUGCUAGAAUUCAUCUAGAGUUAGAGAAGUACGAAAACUCGGCUAAAAGCGACGAGCAGGAGAGAAACAUCAGGCAAAGUAAAACAUUGCCAGCUCUUCCGAACCUCGAUGAUGAGUAUGAAUCAACAUCGAUGCUGACAAGUUCACAUACAGCUUCAGGAGAAUUCAACGAGUUGAAGAAAUUCGGAUUCUUUGGUCCUCAAGAGAGAAGUACGCAAUUAAAUGCUUCCUACGGUAUACGGAAAAGCCCAGUGAAGCGAGACGCACUGGUAUUAGAGGACCAAAAUAGUGAUGACAGCACGAUGGCGCAGAAAGUAUUUCUGAAAAUAGCAGCUCUUGAAACUUCCCUGAACUCCCACGGGCUUAUAGAUAAGGUGCUUCUACUUCUAGAUUGUUUACUCGAGAAAACUCCUAAUCUGUAUCGCGAAUCUGGCGACAAGGAAUUAUUUUCUGCGGUGACCUUGGAAAGGUUGAUAGACUCGUUGUCAACAGAAUCCAUUGCUCGAAGCGCGAUUGCUGAAACAAAGAGCUUAAAGAAGGAAUUGAAACGACAAAAGCAGUUAAACGAGACACUCUCGAAAAAUGCCGAGUUGCAAGACAAAGCUGGAUUAAGAGCAGAAAACGAGUCGCAAUCACAAGAGAUCAAGUCACUUGGUUGUCAGAUUAGUUUGCUACAGCGUCAAAUAAAGCAACUUGAGCAAGACAAGGCCAAGGCAUUUCGAAAUCGAAAUGUCAAUCAUUCCUUUGAAGACCUCAACAGUCGAGAUGAAACUGAUGACGAUCUGGUAGCAGAUGAUCGGAGCGUAAGUUCUACACACCUUCAACUUGAGAGGAUUUCUGUGAACGAGACCCCGAAGAAGCACUUUCGGAAAGGACCACCUACUCCGCCUCUCCUAUAUUCACGUCCCAACCUAUCAGCACAAAAAGUUGAUUACAAUGCAUCACCGAAACGCACAGACAAUGAUCGUGAUGCCAGCACUGCAACGGUUGAAACCCCCACCAAGAAAAGUAAUGAACUUCUGGUGGAUAUUUCAUUGAAGCCACAAACAUUGCUGGUUCCCUCGCUGCCUCCGUCACCAUCUUUUUUAGAAAGCAUUGGGAAGAAGGAGAAAAUAUCUUCCUAUUCUGGCACGGUAAUCAUGCCACUGGCGCCUCCACUUCCGCCAUUUUUACUGAAUUUGGCAUCUGCAACUGCUAAAAGCACGAAAGAAGACACUAAGAUAAAUUCAUCUGAAAAAGUUGCCAUUGCAGAAGCUGCAGUGAUAACAACAGUGGCAGCAGUACCUCCUCCACCACCUCCACCGCCUCCGUUACCGCCAUUUGCCCUCGCACAAAGCAAUGCGUCUACUUUGCUGACAACCUCAAAUGGUUCUAUUGGGUCAACCCCAGCUCCAGUUCCACCCCCACCUCCGCCUCCUCCACCGAUUGCACUUCUUCCUCCACCAAAAGCAGAGGCAGUAUCCACCGACAAUGCUAUUGCAAAAUGUGACCCUCACGUCAGCAAUGAAUCCACCGACAUUUCAAUUAGACCCAAGGUAAAGCUAAAACAGCUACAUUGGAAUAAGAUAAAUGACAUUGAAAAGACAUUUUGGAAUGAAUUCGAGGAUUCUUCCAUCUCCGAAAAGCUUGCUGCGGAAGGUAUAUUUGAGGAAGUUGAGAAGAUAUUUGCGGCAUCACAACCGCUGAAAAAAAGUCCAGACCUGGAAAAGAGCAGAAAGCCAAAUACUGAUUCCAAGGCAGCAAAAGUAUCGUUCCUUUCCAGAGAUUUGGCUCAGCAGUUUGGUAUAAACUUGCAUAUGUUUGCUGGAGUGUCAGAUGAGGCUCUUGUCAUAAAAAUUUUGCGAUGUAGUCCUGAAAUAUUGGAAAAUAUUAGUGUUAUUGAGUUUUUCAAUAAUGAUGCGUUGGUUGAAGUUAGUGACAGUUUGGCAAAAAACCUUUUGCCGUAUUCAAGCGACCCUCGUACUGGAAAAAAGCCUCAAAAAGACCCCAAGGAACUUGACCGAGCAGACAGAUUGUACCUUGAAUUAUGUUUCAAUCUUAAGCAUUAUUGGAGAGCAAGAUCGAAGGCACUACUUUUCACACAGUCGUAUCAGAAAGAACACCUACACUUGAAGGAAAAGUUGGAUUUGGUGGAUCUAGGCAUCUCUUGCGUGAAAGAAUCAGGUAGCUUUAAAAGUGUGUUGGGAAUAAUGAAGAUCAUGGGUAAUUUCAUGAAUGAGCAUACAAAACAAGCACGUGGUUUCAAGUUGGACUCUUUGCAAAGGCUCAAAUACAUGAAAGACGAACUGAAUUCAAUGAGCUUCCUCCAUUAUAUGGAAAAGACAAUCAGACAAUCUUUCUCCGAGUAUGGGUCAUUUGUCGAUGACUUGGAGCUUUUAACCGAGAUGCAGAACGUGUCAAUUGAACAAUUGGAAGUUGACUGUAAAGCGAUGAAUAAAGAAGUGGAAAUUAUCAACAAUUCACUUCAACAUGGGAAACUAAGUCGAGAAAAGGACUUGCAUCCAUCUGACCGUAUAAUACAAACUAUUACGGUUCCAAUGCAGAAUGCUACUAGUAGAAAUGCGCUUAUCCAGUCCCGCAUGAAGCGAACUUUGUCAGUGUUCAAAUCAUUGAUGGUCUAUUUUGGUGAAGAUCCUAAUGACGCCAAAGCCAAAGAUGGCUUUUUUCAAAAGAUCAUCACUUUUGUUACUGAAUUCAAAAAGGCACACGUAGAAAAUAUUCAAAAAGAAGAGGAGCAGAGAGUGUACGAUGCUAGGAAGAAAAGAAUUGAAGAUGAAUCAGCAAAUAAAACUCCCACCGAAGAGACUGAUGAGAAGAACUUUGUCGAUAGCGUUGAAGAGUCGUCAGCUGUAAUCGAUUCGUUAUUGGAAAAGUUAAAGUCUACCUCCGAAGAGGCAAAGACCAAAAGAGAGAACCGGAGGAGCAAGAUGCUAACAGUUGCAUCAGAAAUGGAAGUCCUGUCAUCGGAAUUAGACUCCGUUACCGUGGAAAACGAAUAUGAGAGUGUCAAUAAUCUCAAGCGAAGACUAACAACCAGAAAGAGUAAGCUUGGAUUGUCAACUACAAAUGAGCAAAGUGUUUCAAGGGCGCAAGUUAUGUUGCAUCAGUUGCGGACAGCUGAGGAUCUUACUUUGGUUAUACCCAAUGACGAUGUGAAUAAGGAAAACAUGGUAAAUAUAGAGAAAGAAUGA